CUUGUCAAAAUAAGAAAAAUAACUGAAUGAGCCAAAGUAUACGUAAUGGUAAGAGAUGUUGGGAAAGACGGUUCAUACACUAAAUAUAACAUGGUUUGUAUACCUCUUUUCAUUGACACAGUGUGUCACCAAAAUAGUUGAAGUAUGUUCAAAGUACUUAUUUUUUCCGCCUUGAUAUAUUAAUUAUCUAUCUAUGUCCUCCAAUUAAUUUAUUUGAGUUGAAUGUUUGCCAGGAGGUAUUUAAGAAAGUGUUUAACGUAUCAUACUUAAACUUAGUUUUUUACUGGCUUCACCUUAUGCAUGUUUUCAGUGCAUGGUUGAAAGUUUAAAUUCCUAUCGUUAAUCUUUAUCAGUCAAAAAGGUAUUCAUGUCUAGUGGUAGCUCAUAUUGAAAUAACCACUAUUUACUUUAGAAAAGCAUGAUUUUUGGGGAUUUAUUGAUUUUCUACCUCAUUGUCUUUAUGAAUAUUUAUUUAUUUUGUAUAUUUUUCUUUCUGAUUUUGUGAACCUGCGCGUCGUUGUCGUAAUUCAACAAAAAAACAAAACAGCGCCCUCUGGUUGCAGUAGAGGUCGCUGUUUCAAAGACUGCCGCUGAUGGACUCCGCUCAAGCUGCUUAUCAUCUCCUCUCCACCCCGUCGGUUUUCUGUCUCUGUCUGUCUGUCUGUUUUACUGGCGCUCUGAUUGAAGAUACAAAGGACUUUAUUGGCGUGGAAAACGUACCUUCACGUGGCCUAAGCACAAAACUAAAAUAAGAUGCGCAAUUCUAAGAAGAAGAAAAAUAAUAGCACAAAAUGUAAAUUUAUAAAAUAGUCUUAAAAUAUAAUAAAAUGGUAAUUUUUUUAUACGGUGAAAAUGUGAUCUUAUGCUAUUGUACAAUGUUGUAAUGGUAAGGAUAGGUUUGAGUUAAUCAAACCUUGGACUAGGUCAUAGAAUUAAUUGUCCUUUACCAUUGUCAGUAAAUGACACUAUAUAAAUCGUUGAAUAAAAAAAGUGACUUAGGUGUCCAGUAUUUGUUAAAAAUGUGUAGCUAUGAUUAUAUAUUCUGCCAAUAUACGUGUCUAUUCCAGUGGUCCAACCUCUCUCUCAUUGGUCUAAACACCCGUCUCUCUCCUAUCGGUCUUUCUCAGUGGAUAUAAAUUGGAACAGAUGGAGUUGUUUUGGAUUGAGCAUGGGCGGAUUAAAAAGGUGUGUGUAUAAUCUGACCAGCUAAAUUAGAGUUACAGAUGAAAAGUGAACCAAUCUCUUCAGUGAUGGAAGACCGCACGUUCACCUCCCCCGCGCUCUAGACAGGGAAAAAAAGACCUUAGAAAAUCCCGCCGGUCGGCAUGACGAUCCUGCAGCGGAUACGCUCCCCGGGGCUGUCCUUCGCCCAGACGGUGGUGUCGCUGGCCCUGGGCGGCGCGGCACUGACCUCGUCCUACUGGUGCGUGGGGGUUCAGAAGGUCCCCAAGCCGCUGUGCUCGCUCUCCCGGCAGCGGCGCUGCGUCCCCGUCCCGGGUAUGGCCAACGCCUCCGACGUCUUGUUCUCCUGGGACACCGGGGACGACCGCUUCGUCUUUCCAGAGUUCCACGUGGGUAUCUUCUACUGCUGCCAGGAGAACAUCUACACGGACGCCUGGGAGGAGAAGUGUCGUAGCUUCCACUCCCUGACUCCUCAAUCAGAGAAAGCCAUGAUGUGGCUGUCGGUCACCAUGGAGCUCAUGUACAUGGGGCUGCUGUGCUUGAGCUGCCUGCUCCUGUGCCUCCAGCUGUGCGUGGGGGCGUGCUCCCCAGCCGGCCGCCGCUGGGGACAGUUGUUCAACGCCUUCGCCGCCAUCUUCACCGUCCUGGCAGGUCUGAUAGGUAUGGUGGCCCACAUGAUGUUCAUGCAGGUGUUCCAGACCACCGUCUCCAUGGGACCAGAAGACUUUAAACCACACAGCUACGGAUACUCCUGGGCCUUUUACGUGGCCUGGGUGGGCUUCACGGUGUGCAUGGCUGCGGGGGUCUCCACCCUCAACAGCUACACCAAGAAGGUCCUGAUGGCGGCCCGCCGCUACCCCCCCGCCUCGGACUACACCGUGCCCUACCCCGACUCCCCCCCUCCCCUCUCCCACCUCUCGCCCUACUACGACCCCCAUCCCUCCCCCUCCCCAGGUUCCCCGGCCGCCAUCCCCCCCGCCCAUGCCACGCCCCUCUCCCCCCUCCCACGCCUCCCCCCCCCGUCUCCCGGCGACUCCCCCCGACCGGGCCGACCAGAGUCGCUGCGGAGGUCGCCGGGCGAGGACGACGGCCUGCUGCGCUGA